AUGGUUUGUUGGGCCCGAGCCACCGGCUGCUUACUUGCAUCCGUUCGGCUAUGCCUGUCAAAGACGACUUUCCAAUCAGCCUACCAUAACGGGUACACCGUGUCAGGCGAAAUCCAGAUCUCGCCGACGUUUGCCGGUCGUACGGAUCUGCCUGGUGUGGUGUGUGAAGCUGAGAACUGUACACGUCAACUGUCAAUAAGCUGCCAACCCGGCCAAAUGCUUGUGCGGACAAGUAUCUGGAUGCACCACAAGCUUCUGUCUGCGGUGUUGUAUCCUAUCGGCUAG